GUGUGCUUGUUGUUACCCUGGUUGUGCUGCGCGACGCCUCGGUGCAAGUACAACCAGAUCCAGUGACAGGCAGCGUUGGGUGAGUGCUGGCUGGCUAAGACAUGUCUGAGUAGAAACCUGCAUUAUUUUCCAACACGUACAGCAUUAAACCCCCGUGUUGAAGAUGGGGCAGUGCGGCAUCACGUCGUCAAAGACGGUCUUGGUCUUUCUGAACCUGAUAUUUUGGGCCGCCGCUGGUAUCCUGUGCUAUGUUGGAGCCUAUGCCUUCAUCACAUACGAUGAUUACGAUCACUUCUUUGAAGACGUGUACACUCUCAUCCCAGCAGUGACCAUUAUUGCAGUUGGAGCCCUCCUUUUCAUUAUCGGGCUCAUCGGAUGUUGUGCUACAGUGAGAGAAAGCUACUGUGGUCUUACAACGUUUGUUGUCAUUCUCCUGCUGGUUUUCAUGACGGAAGUAGCAGUUGUGGUUCUUGGAUAUGUUUACAGAGCAAAGGUUGAAAAUGAAGUUAAUACUUCUAUCAAGAAAGUGUACGAUGAGUAUAAUGGCACCAACAGCAAUGCCCAGAGCCGUGCCAUUGACUACAUUCAGAGACAGCUUCAAUGCUGUGGGAUCCACAACUACUCAGACUGGCAGAAUACACACUGGUAUGAAGAAUCCAAAAACAACAGCGUACCCAUCAGCUGUUGCAGAGCUAACAUUGGAAGCAGCUGCACAGGAUCCCUCACUCAUCCUGAAGAUCUCUACCAAGAAGGUUGUGAAGUUCUGGUUGUGAAGAAGUUGAAGGAGAUCAUGAUGUAUGUCAUCUGGACUGCUCUGACAUUUGCUGCUAUCCAGAUGCUGGGGAUGUUGUGUGCAUGUGUCGUGCUGUGCCGCAGAUGCAGAGAUCCUGCCUAUGAGCUUCUUAUUACAGGGGGCACCUAUGCAUAAAGGAGAACAAAUUUCUCACCAUAAUACUACUUUCACAAUUCAUGUGCCAUUGGUGAGAGCAUGAAAAUGAUCUAUUACCACACUAACCUUAAAACACCAACCACACUAAAGUGAUAUAUUGUACCUGUUUUUCCAAAAAAGCUAUAGACCAAAUAGGCUAUAGGCAUGAGGGCAUAAAACCUCAAUCUGUGUAUGGAGUGAAAUGCAGACAGGGUAAUUUUUUCAUGUUAGUUUGCACUAUGUGUAUGGCUUUGAAUAUUUUAUAUUUACAUCUAUCCUGUACCUCAGUGAAAGACUGUAUAAUAUUAUCCUUUACCACUACUAACUACUACUACUACUACUACUACUACUACUACUACUAUUCUUCUUCUAUUACAGCUCAGUUUUAGUUAAGUCACCUUUUACCUGCAACAUUGUUUCAAGCAAUAGUGGACACCACAGCCCAAGCCAAUGGCAAGCUCUUGCGUGUAAACUGUGUAACUUAACUGGCUUUUGCUUACCUAGUCUUUCUUUUAAGAAGCAAACUUUUUAAUCCAGUUUAGUAUGUGGGAUUUGUGAAGUAGUAAUGCAUUCUUAAGUCAAGAUAGGCUUUGUCCGAUAGCUGUGUUUGUUUUUGUCUCAACAGUCUAAGGUAGUUGUAGAACUUGAUUUGCUGAAAUGUAGCAAUAGCUAGACUCAAGAAUGUCAAUUAAAUGUGGGGAAGGUU